ACCCUGCACUUCGAGCGGCACCAGCGCACCCACACCGGCCAGCGGCCCUACCGCUGCACCCUGUGCCGCAGGAGCUUCGGCGACGCCCCGGCGCUGGUCAAGCACCAGCGGCUCCACCUGGACGGGCCCUUCCGCUGCGAGGAGUGCGGCAAGGCCUUCGGCGCCCGCGCCCAGUACGCGCGGCACCGGCGCAGCCUCCACGGCGGCGCCGGCGGUAACGCCGGGGCUGGCGCGGUGGAGAAGCCGUACCGGUGCGGGGACUGCGGGAAGAGCUUCUCGUGGAGCUCCCACUGGGAGAGGCACCAGCGGAUCCACACCGGGGAGAGGCCGUACCAGUGCGGGGACUGCGGCAAGCGCUUCGGCCGCACCUCCCACCUGUACCGGCACCAGCGGACCCACGCCGGCGGCCAGCCCCACGUGUGCGCCGAGUGCGGCAAGAGCUUCAACAGCACCCUGCACUUCCACAAGCACCAGAGGGCCCACGCCGGGCCCCGGCACGGCUGCGCCGACUGCGGGAAGGCGUUCGCCGACGGCUCGGCGCUGGCCAAGCACCGGCGGGUCCACGGUGGAGGAGGAGGGGCGGAGAAGCCCUUCCCUUGCCCGCGGUGCGGGAGGAGGUUCGGGGGCACCUCCCACCUGCAGCGGCACCUGCGGAGCCACGGCGAGGAGGAGGCCGGGCCCGUGGGCUGAGCGGCGGCGGCGGCGCCGCCGAGUC